AUGUCUUCCAUGUCAAAGAUUCUGCCCAGUACCGCAUUCGGUGGAUUAGUCCGCUGGAUAUCCAAAGGUCGAGUGUGUCGUUUUUCAGAAGAGAAACCUGGUUUUCAACUUCCUCCAAAUCUGGUCAUGGUCGUUAGCUCCGACACACCAACCUCAGCCCACUGUAAUAACCAAGAAAGAUUGAGCAACGCAGAACAUUCACAUUUUAAGAGCACAUUCCAGAGUGGAAGUACCAUCUUGGCCUCCUGGUAUGACGCCCGAGACGAGGACAACCCACAUUUUUGGCCAUUAUGGAUCAAGAUCAUGGUUUACAUUCAGAUUAAUUUCUAUACUUUCAUUGUUUACAUGGCUUCUUCAAUCUUCUCGGUCGCCGAGCCAGAUUUUAUAGAUAUCUACGGGGUAUCUACCACAGUAGCCUCACUUGGUCUGGCGCUUGUUCUUCUUGGGUAUGGAAUUGGUGCCUUGCUGUUCAGUCCAUUAUCAGAGAUCCCAGCUGUUGGUCGCAAUCUACCAUAUGUGAUAUCCCUGGCAUUUUUCCUUCUCGUUAGCGGAAUUGCUGUUGCUGUCAAUAAUGUUCCUGGGUUUCUUGCUCUGCGUUUUCUUCAGGGAUUCUUCGGUUCGCCAUGUCUAGCAACAGGGGCUGCUUCUUUGGCGGAUAUCACGGAUCUGGUCAACCUUCCUUUUUGCCUGUGGAUCUGGGGUAUCUGUGCAGUGGCGGCACCUGCCGUGGCACCAUGUAUAGCCGGAUUCAGCAUUAUGGCAAAUGGAUGGAAAUGGUCAAUGUGGGAGAUUCUCUGGGGUGCAGCUCCAUGUCUGGUCAUUAUGCUUUUUCUUCCCGAAACGUCUGCCGCUACUAUUUUGCACAAACGGGCGACACGUCUACGAGCCUUGACCGGAAAUCCAACUUUCAAAUCACCAUCAGAGGUUGACGGCAGAAGAUAUUCAACCAAGUCCAUCAUCCAUGGUGCACUAAUUAUGCCUUGGAAGAUCAAUGCUCUGGAUCCCGCAAUUCUAUUUACAACCUUAUACACAGCCUUGGUAUACGCUAUCUUCUACUCAUUCUUUGAAGUAUUCCCACUCGUUUACCAAGGCAUAUACCAAAUGGACUCUGCGCACAUGGGCCAAGUAUUUCUAGCAGCAAUAAUCGCCGUCCUUCUCGUGAUGCCAUUAUACUGCUUCUUUAUUCACCAUUACAUUGCCAAUCCCAUUCGCAAUGGCAACAUCCCCCCUCCAGAACGAAGAUUAAUCCCUGCGUUAUUCAUCUCUAUAUUUGUCCCAGCGGGGAUGUAUCUUUUUGCGUGGAGCUCUCGGGUCGAUACCCAUUGGACCGUGCCUACUGUUGGGUUCAUGCUUAUUAUGAUGGGCGUUAUUACGAUCCUACAGUGUAUGUUUGGUUACAUGGCCGUUGCAUACCCCAGCCACUCCGCGAGUCUGUUCGCCAUGAAUGACUUUGCGCGGUCCACUUUGGCAUUUGCUGCGAUCUUAUGGUCUGGGCCUUUGUACCGAAAUCUUGGAGUCGCAAAGGGAAGUAGCUUGGUUGGGUCGUUGACGGUGCCCUGUGUUUUUGGAAUUUUCGCUUUGUAUUGGUUUGGGCCGAAAUUGAGAAAGCGAAGUCGAUUUUCAGGGUGA